CGCCGCGUUCUACAAGCCGGAGCCCUCCGGAGCCCGCCCCCGCCGGUGCUGCCGCCACUGUCCCCCGCUCCAGCGCAGCGCUGCCCGCGGGCCCCGGCCGUGUGCGAGUCAGCGCGGGGCGCGGCCGCCAGCGGUUCCCGCGGGCUCCCUCCCCCCGGGGGACCCCGCGGCUCGGCCCCGGCACCGGGGGCUGCGGUGCGGGCGGUGCGGUGAGGGUCCGGAGAAGAGCAGCAGAACUGGUGAAGGGUCUGGAGGCAUUUCAGCAAAAAAAUGAAGAGAAGGACAGAACCCGAGUUUAGCAGCCCCCAAAAUAAGCAGAAGAAGAGGCUGGAAGACUUGGGAUUAACCCUCAGUUCUACUUCAGAUGAUGAAAAUCAAUUUAGUAAUCAUACUACUCAAGAGUCUUCCAGUAGCAGCAGUGGAUCUGACAGUGAGAGCGAUGAAAAAAGACCAGUCUUCAGCAAUGAGUUCAAACAAGACUCUCUUGUGGAGGGUACUUCAUCUCGCUACUCGAUGUAUAACAGUGUAUCCCAAAAGCUCAUGGCCAAGAUGGGCUUCCGGGAAGGAGAAGGUCUGGGAAAAUAUGGCCAAGGCAGGAAGGAUAUUGUUGAGGCCUCCAAUCAGAAGGGAAGGAGAGGCUUUGGGCUGACCCUCAAAGGAUUUGAUGGGGAGCUCAAUAUUGAUUGGCAGGAUGAGCCAGAGCCUAGUGCUUACGAGAAGGUGGACUGGUGUCCCGAGUGUACCACGGAGAUCCCAGAUGCCCAGGAGCUGAAGGAGUGGAUGACUGUGGGGAAGAGGAAGAUGGUGAUUGAAGAUGAAACAGAGUUCUGUAAUGAAGAGCUUUUACGUAGUGUCCUGCAGUGCAAGAGUGUAUUUGAUGAGCUGGAUGGAGAAGAAAUGCGUCGAGCUCGAACAAGGUCUAACCCCUAUGAGAUGAUCCGUGGAGCUUUCUUUCUGAACAGGGCUGCAAUGAAGAUGGCAAAUAUGGACCAUGUCUUUGACUACAUGUUUACAAACCCUAAGGACUACAAUGGGGUGCCUUUGAUAAAGGAGUAUGAUGCAGAGCUGCUCUACUUUGCUGAUGUGUGUGCUGGUCCUGGAGGCUUCUCUGAAUAUGUCUUAUGGAGGCGGAAGUGGCAUGCAAAAGGAUUUGGCAUGACCUUGAAAGGACCUAAUGAUUUUAAACUGGAGGAUUUUUAUUCUGCUUCCAGUGAGCUCUUUGAACCUUAUUAUGGAGAAGGAGGGAUUGAUGGAGAUGGAGACAUCACUCGAUCAGAGAACAUUACUGCUUUCCAGAAUUUUGUUUUGGACAACACUGAUCACAAGGGAGUGCAUUUCUUAAUGGCUGAUGGGGGUUUCUCGGUGGAGGGUCAGGAGAAUCUGCAAGAAAUCCUAAGCAAACAGCUCAUGCUUUGCCAGUUCCUUACAGCGCUGUCCAUUGUCCGGACAGGAGGACAUUUUGUCUGCAAAACCUUUGACCUGUUUACUCCAUUCAGUGUGGGACUUGUUUAUCUGCUGUAUUGUUGCUUUGAGAAACUCUGCAUCUUUAAACCUGUGACAAGCCGCCCUGCUAACUCGGAGAGGUAUGUGAUUUGCAAAGGAUUGAAGUCAGGGAUUGAUGACGUGCGGGACUACCUCUUCACAGUGAACAUCAGGCUCAACCAGCUGCGCAACUCUGACGUGGAUGUGAAUCUUAUUGUCCCACUGAAUGUGAUCAAAGACAACCAGGAUUUCUACAAUUACAUCGUCCAGUCCAAUGAAAACCACUGCAAAGUUCAGAUAAAGGCACUAGCCAAAAUUCGUGCUUUUGUUCAAGACACGACACUGAUUGAGCCACGGCAGGCUGAAAUACGGAAGGAGUGUCUCCAGCUAUGGGGGAUUCCUGAUCAGGCUCGUGUUGCUCCUUCAUCUUCAGAUCCCAAGUCCAAGUUCUUUGAGCUGAUCCAGGGCACAGACAUUGAUACCUUCAGUUACAAACCCACUCCUCUGAAUUCCAGCACACUGGAGAAAAUGCGCCAAGUGUUAGAUUACCGGUGUAUGGUAUCUGGAAGCGAGCAGAAGUUCCUCUUGGGUUUAGGGAAAUCACAGAUCUACACCUGGGGUGGUCGCCAGUCAGAUCGCUGGACAAAGCUGGAUUUGAAAACUGAGCUGCCACGAGAUACUCUUCUGUCUGUGGAGAUUGUUCAUGAGCUGAAAGGAGAGGGGAAAGCCCAGCGAAAAAUCAGUGCCAUCCACAUCCUUGAUGUCUUGGUGCUGAAUGGCAAUGAUGUUCGAACACAACAUUUCAACCAGAGGAUUCGGCUGGCAGAGAAGUUUGUUAAAGCUGUUUCUAAACCAAGUCGACCAGAUAUGAACCCCAUCCGGGUGAAGGAAGUAUACAGAUUGGAGGAAAUGGAGAAGAUUUUUGUGAGGUUAGAGAUGAAAGUCAUCAAGAGUUCAGGGGGAAUGCCCCGGCUGUCCUACACUGGCCGAGAUGACCGGCACUUUGUGCCCACAGGACUCUGCAUCGUACGGACUAUGAAUGAUCCCUGGACAAUGGCAUAUAGCAAAAACUUCAAGAGGAAAUUCUUCUUCAACAAAAUGACCAAUGUAGCGACAUAUAGCCUCCCUUCUGAAGCCAUUGCACCCUUUCACAUCUGCCAUUACAGCCGCCUCUUCUGGGAGUGGGGGGAAGGUGUCAAAGUGCACGACUCUCAGAAAAGACAAGAUCCAGAGAAGCUGUCAAAAGAGGCUGUCCUGUCUUUCAUCCAAGCGCACUACCCCUAACCCUGCUCCCUUGAGGGUGCAGGGGGAGUCUGAGCCCAGCUUGGAUUCCUCAGGGACUGAUGAGACUGGGGAGGCUCCACAACUUCUAUCCUGGUCUUCUCCAGAGCUGAUUUCCUGGAGGUGAUCGAACUAGGGAGUGGUAUGCAGAAGGCACAGGAUGAGGCCCUACCUUGGCAGUGUAUAUAGAGUACAGCCCAGGUAGUACCUGCUGCUGGAGUACCCAUGGUGACUCCUGGAGCCAAGGCCUAAUGCCCUUUUGUCCUGCCCUACUGCAUGCAUGAGGCCAAGGGGCUGGCAGCUUUCUUUGCUCCUGCUCAAACAUUCAGCAAGGUUUGUGGAGCUCUGUGUGUGCCAGAACUUUCCAAGCUUGUGCUUCUCUGGCAGUAUGGGAAGGAGCAGAGAUGUUUUGAUGGCAGAGCUUGGCAACUGCACGUUGAAGCAGCCCUGCGUUGUUCCUGGCAGCUAUGUCUCCUUGGCCUUGUCAAAGGCCUACACUGCCCACUGGAGGGUGUUAACUCCUUGGGGAAUGCUAGCUGUGGGACACAAGUUAUGUAUCCUUGUUGUCUCCAACAUUUCUGUUUAUCAAGGCACUCAGUUGGCCUGGCAAUUCUUACAUGAUGGUAUCCUGUUGGACAAAUGCCAGUGCAGAUGAUGAGUAGAGCUCCUGGCACACGUCUGAAGUGGUCAGUGCCAGGGCUUUCUCAGACCUCUAGAAACUGCUGUGACAAGGAUUUCCCCUCUCUAGGUUAGUGACUGAUCCCAAACCAGCAGCCUAGGGUUAAUUUGUGAACAUGUACCGUGGUUGGUGUACGUGCGUCAUGGUACUUCUGAGACCAAGGUGCUUUGGUUCUGGGUACUCAACACCAUUACCCAGUUCUUCAGGGAGAAAAGCUGAUGUGGGAGGGAAGACACUGGAAGGCUGGGAUGCUGGAGUCUUUGGAAGAACUUAUGGGGAUGCCUGACUUAAUUAAAAAGACCCAGGGCUUCAGUAAAAAGGGAUCUUGACUUUGACCAUGUUGGUUAAUUGGAAGAAAUCUUGUCCCCUGACUGUACCCCCUGGCAAGGUAACCAGACUUUCUUUUUUAAAUGUCAAAGUGGCUUUGAAACCCUUUGAAUCUCAUUUGGCUGUGGAACUGCAUCUGGGGUGAAGGCAUAGAGCUGUGAAACUCUCAGCAUGGUAUUUGUGUCCAGACUUCUCCAUGCACUUCUGUGCCAGGCUCAAAGUUGGCUUCUGUUGCAUGUUUUACCUUCACUUCUGGCUUCCAUGGCACUUUGCCAGGUCUUCCACGUAAAUCAGAAGAUAACACAUAGUUGAAUGCUUUUGACCAAGCAGCAAAAUUGCCCUUUUUUUUUUGUUUGGUGUUUUGUUUUGUUUCUUUUUUUUUGUUUUGUUUGUUCUUGUUUUUAAACACAGAUUGGCAGUAGGGAGAAAACUGAUUUAGGUCUGAAGUGUGCCUUAAGGAAAGCUAUAGUUUUAGAAUCUAUAGCAUUUAUUAGGGUUUUUUUCUCCACAAGCAUACAUAUGAUUUGAACAAGCUUGUGUAGCAAAACAGAAAUUUUCACUUAGAUACAGGUCUAUCAAAGCAGUUGAAGGACUGCAGGCUGUUAAUGCUUCCUCUUGCUGACCUGGAGACCCCCCUCUGCUCUCAAACAUCAGUAAAACACUAUCAAGCAAGUGGUGGCCCUUCCUCCAAAAGAACAAAAGUGUUUCACUGGUACCUUUUGUCUUGGCACAAGCACUUCCACAAGGAACAAGGAGGAAUCUCUCCCACUGGGCAGUGAAGCACCUCCAACUGUGUGGUGUCCGGGCCUGUGUACAGUUGGCUUUUUAACCCAACCAGUAAUUGAGUUCUGGCACUUGUGUACACUGCCUUGAGGCUGCUCCAGUGCCAGCAGAGCAUGCUGCUCCCUCUGCCAGGUUCCUUCCCUGAGUGUUGUACCCUCCACUCAGGGCUUUGACUUCCGUGGGCUGGCAGACAGAGGGGUAACUAAGAGGGACACUAGGGUGAGUGUAGGCCUCUGAGGGUACAAGAAUGCCUGGUCAGCCUGCAGGCUAGCUUUUAUGAACAGAUACUUUGUUUACUCAGUUGUCUCCAGCUCCUCAUUUAAAUUUGCUUUUAUUUUUGAUGCACUGAACCUUGAUUCCAAAUCUCCCUUCAAGAAGGCAAGCUUGAGCCACCGUGCUACUUGCUUCCCUGCUGAGGGAUUAUGUUGGGAAGGGGUGGGUGAGUAAGGUCUUGCUGAAGGGAAUGUUAUGUAUGUUAAUUGCACAGUGUAUUAUUAGGCUUUGUAUCAUUUUGUGUUGAUUUCUCUGCUUUCAUUGUCUCUAUUACCAAUACAGCCCCUUUAGUUCACA